CUCAGCAAGCGCAGUCCCCGCGGAGCGGAGCGAGGACCAUGCCAUCGCGGGCUCAGGGGUAGACCGUCGGCCCAGGAGCACCCCAACCCUGCCAGGCCUUCCCGCACCCCGGGCCGUCCUGCUGGGAAGCACGGGCCGAGGGCAAGACGGGCGGCAUGGACCUGGGCAAGAAGGUGAGCGUGCCGCGGGACAUCAUGCUGGAGGAGCUGUCCCACCUGGCCAACCGCGGCGCCCGGCUGUUCAAGAUGCGCCAGCGACGCUCUGACAAGUACACGUUCGAAAACUUCCAGUACGAAUCGAGAGCGCAGAUAAACCACAACCUGGCCAUGCAGAAUGGGAAACUGGACGGAAGCCUAUCAGAAGGGGGGUCACAGCAAGCCCCGUUCACUCCUCCCAACACCCCGGAUCCCAGGAGCCCCCCGAAUCCAGAAAACAUUGCACCAGGCUAUUCCGGGCCCCUGAAGGAGAUCCCUCCGGAAAGGUUCAACACCACAGCCGUGCCCCGGUCCUACCAGUCGCCGUGGGAGCAGGCGGUCAGCAGCCACCCAGAGCUCCUCGAGGCGCUGUACCCGAAGCUGCUCACGCCCGAAGGCAAGGCGGAGCUGCCGGAUUACCGGAGCUUCAACAGAGUUGCCACCCCAUUUGGAGGUUUUGAAAAAGCAUCAAAAAUGGUGAAAUUCAAGGUCCCAGAUUUUGAGCUACUACUUCUAACAGAUUCCAGGUUCAUGGCCUUUGCCAACCCACUUUCUGGCAGACGGUCCUUCAACAGGACUCCUAAGGGGUGGAUAUCUGAGAACAUCCCUAUAGUGAUCACCACCGAGGCCCCAGAGGGCCCCGCCGUCCCAGAGUCGGAAGACCUCUGAGCAGACAGCCGCGAGGCCUCAGGCACCUCUGCACACUAAUGUCGCUUCUGUUAUUCCACUUGCUGGCAAAGCCACUCACACUCUUCAGCAGCAGCAAUAACUCAGUCGUAACUUAGCAAUGUUCCUUUUAUGGCAUUUAACUUCAACCUCGGAGCAAAUACUAAUAAACAACCCAUAAUCUUGUUUUAAA